AUGACAGAACAAGAAUUCAACCAACAGCAUAAAGAAUUCUUGCAAGCAUCUCUUGAAUCUCCUAUGCCAUGGAUCGGCAUGUAUAUUGCAGCAGCAUCACUGGUCUGUUCCGUUGCCAUGGCUGGAGAUGUUAUUCACGGAAUCCGCCGGAAAAAACUUUGGUUCCCCAGUAAGUAUUUCACCAUGAAUGCUGCUUCCCUCACUGUAUUAGCUGUGGCAAUGAAGCUUCCAGUGGAUCUUACCACAGCCAUGUGGGGCAGAAAAUACUCGCUUGCGAAGCUUAGCAGCAAUGUUUUCAUGAUUACGGUAAUGGGAAACUUUCUAAUCUCUUUCGCAUCUAUGAAAAAUAAUGAAAUUUUCAUGAACAUUGUGGCCUUCGGUAUUCUGUUGAUCACCAUUAUCGUAAAUAAUUGUAUUCAAAUGCAUACCUGGGGAGAUGUGACAGACGAUGAUGUGUUCAAGACACAUAUAAAAUUUGAUAUUAUUUCCAUGCUUGUGUUGUUUGUGACACUGAAUUCCUUAGUUUUGACAAUUCCCACCGCUAAAAGAUAUAUAGAAUUGAAGUAUAAUGAAUUGCACGAAACUACUUGUGAGGUGGGGAAGUUAGAGGAAAUAGGAAAGCUAACACAUCAGAAACUGAAAGAAGUGGUCGAGAAAUACUGGGUGAUGGCAGAAACCGGAAGCCCCCAAUUUGUGAUGGCUCUUUCUGUGGUCACGGCUACUUCAGGGCCAAUCUGUCUGGCCUCUGCACUUUCUUUAAUUAGAGCAGAUAUUUUAUCGAAGCGUGAUGCGUACUUCUAUAAUAUUGAUGGGGGGAUUGGUUCAAGUUAUGGUUGGUCAAUCUCAUUUAUUUUAAUAAUUCAGUAUAUUGGCGUGGUUGUGGGUACUAUUGCCCCGGUAUGUAGAUGGUUUAUUGCCACUAGCAUCAACUGCAACAACCUAUUUACCAACACCCAUCACAAAGAGUUCAAAUUAGUAGAAACCUAUUGGAUCCAAAGGUUGGUUGAUUGGAAAGCGGCACCCUUACCCUUUCCAAUUCGCUCUGUGAAAUGCAAAAAAGUGAUUGGGAGUGCAAAAAUUCUUGUUCUGAACGUAUGCAUAGCUGUCCAGGUUGGUAUUGUGGUAGCAAGUAAAUUGGUUCAGUUAAUCUCUAUCAUCAUCACACUCCCAUUGUUCUCAUGUUUCUACUUUUGCAAGAGGAUGAAGGAGGACCCUGAGUCCAAUGCAUCAACAAAUAACAGAAGUUUAUACCCAGAAAAUACGAGUCCAAAGUUGGAUCUUUAUGUCCUACAACUUGAAGGUGAGGCAAAGUUGCCCAAAAUUAUUAUGAAGAAUAUGUGUCAUGAGCUGAAUCAAGUGAUACAGAUGGGCAAAAGUAAGCAGCCAAAAAAUCUAACCGAGCUUUUACAAAAAACCAACAACAACUUCAAGGGGGUUGCAGAUUUUGACAAAACCAACCAGGUUCCGAAAAGUUGGACUAUGUCUGUGGUGAAUUUAACCAGCAUCGCCAUUGCACUCCCUAACAUUGAAAGUUAUACGGUGGACCGAUUGAUAAGUAGUGUGAGUGAAGGCCUUUUGUAUGCCGGCCUUGUAGAGGAAAGCUUCAGUUCUAAAGGAGAUAAUAGGCGGAACUUGAAAUGUGUAGCAGAUCUCGUGUGGGCAGGAGUUGAACUUAAUCGCAAGUGGCUGGAUAAGGAUCUUCGAAAAUUACCUCUAGCAGGAAAAACCAUCGAGGGGACUCUUCAAGCCCUAAUUGAUAUUACUGAAAAGGCUACAUUUGAGUUCCAAAGAAGCGUGACCGAACGUUCUAAAGUUCUAGCUACUAAUUCAAUGCACAAAAUUAGCCAAACCAUAUUGAAUGACUAUAAAAGUAACAUGGAUGCGCGCACGGAUGGGCACUUGUUCGAGCAACUAUCCAUCAUGAUUGCCGAUAUUUUGGGAGCUAGCCUUUCAAAUUUGCCGCGUGUUGUAGUAAAAAAAUGUUAUCAUGGCGCCAUAGAGGAAAGGGAGAAGAGUAUCAAGCUCGCGGCUCAUCUUUUGGGUGAAACUGAAGAGAUUUUGGAAAUCAUUAAACACCAUCAACUCCCGAGCUUAUGUGGGGAUCGAGCUGCGUAUAUUGAUGAGUGGCACGCUUACAUGAUGCAAAAGAACCCUCCUGCUAUUAUUCCUUCAUUAAACAAUGAGAUAGUGGCUUCCAGUUCUGGUGAGUUGCAUAUAAAUGUUGUUGAGUGA